GGAAGGCAUUUGUUUGAUAUAAAAUUGGACCAAACCGAAGACUGGGUUUUGAAGGGAAGUGUUGGGGGUACCAUGUGGUACGGAAUAGCAGAAGACAAGCCAGAAAGCUUGCUUUUUUAGUCUCUACCAAGUGUAAAAGAAUGGUAGUUUUUUGAGAAAAUGGCGCAAGAAUAAUUGCUUUGCUUAUCUUCCUCCAGACAUGAGCAUGUGACCCACCUCGCAAAUAAUGGAGCCAAACCCAUCUCUGGCACACCCAAAACCUGCCUCUUCCAUGCCAAUUCUCAAUUCCAUAAAACAAAUAGCUCUGUGAGAGAGAAAAACAAACAGUGAAAAACAAAACUCUGCAUUUCAGUUACAUUACUCAUUACAUUUCUGGAAAUUUGUAAUUCCUGCGUGCGUUUCAACUGUGUCAGAUUUUUUUUGGCUCUUCGACGAAGAAGAUAUGGCAACAAAGCAAUUAUCAUAUCUACCCUUUUCCUAUCUGUUGCCAACAACAACAACCCAUGUUCUAAUUUCUCCUUUGUUUUCUUGAGAGAGAGCCCUUUUCCAGUGCUCCUUCCUUGGUUUUCUUGUGGGGGUUUGUUCUUUUUCUUCUCUGUUUAAUUUAGUUUCUGUAUCCUGUUGAGACCCCUUUUUCCUUCUCAGUUCUUGUUGCUCAGAUCUGCCACUUAUCUGAGGUUGUUGGUAAGAGAUAAUGGCUGAUUCCAUUUUCCAUGAAGCAUUUGCUGUUGGGUUUCUUUGGCUUUCUCUUUCAGAUGCGCCCAUUAGUCUAGUUAAGAGCAUACAACACAAGAUUUUGUUUAUUGGGGAAGAUGGGGAAGUUCUUGGUUCUGUCACUACUCCUGAUGAUAAUUUCUGGGUGUGUACAAACUGGAGAAUCCAACUCCAAUUCCAUUUUCAUCGACUGUGGCUCAACUUCAAAUGAAACUGUUGAUGGUCGGAAAUGGAUUGGCGACCUGAGUUCUGAAGGGAAAGGGAACUUUUCUGUGGGCAAUCUUGGUGCUAAUAUCAAUGCCUCCACAGCCACUCUAAACGGCGAUUCAGUCUUUGAGCCGCUGUAUAAAACUGCUCGGCUUUUUACUAAUUCCCUAAACUAUACUUUCAAAGGCGUUUGGGGUAAUCAUUUUGUUCGGCUCCAUUUCUGCCCCUUCCCUUUUGGAAACCUCAAUGUGAACGAGUCCUCAUUUUCUGUCUCAGCAAAUGGUCUUAGACUGGUUUCGGAGUUGAAUGUUCCCAAUGAGAUUGCAUAUAAGAAUUUGGAAUUUCAGCGGUCUGGGAUCAAUUCAAGUUGGUUCUCUUUGAUUAAAGAGUUCAUUAUUGUUGUCAAUUCAGAGGCAUUUGUUCUUGAGUUCUCCCCGUCUGGUGGAUCAUUUGGGUUCAUUAAUGCUAUUGAAAUCGUCCCCCUGGUGGAUGAGCUCUUUGCAGGUUCGAUUAAUAAGGUGGGUGGAAAUGCUGUUAGCUUGAAUGUGAGUGAAAGGGGAUCUGAAACUAUGUACAGAUUGAAUGUUGGAGGUCCGGAGAUCAAGCCCGCUCAAGAUUCAAAUGGUUGGAGAAUGUGGGAAGUGGACUCGAGUUAUAUGAUUACAGCAGAUGCUGGGUUUGAGAUACACAACAGUUCUAAUAUAACCUAUGCUUCCAUGAAUGACUCCAUUGUAGCUCCACUCCCUGUGUACGAAACAGCCAGGACGAUGUCCGAGACCGAAGUGCUGGAGAAAAGGUUCAACAUGUCGUGGAAGUUCGAAGUUCAUCCCGGGUUCGAGUAUUUGAUUAGACUGCAUUUCUGUGAGCUGUUGUAUGAGAAGGCAAGACAGAGGGUUUUCAAGAUUUACAUAAACAACAGGACUGCAUUUGAGAAUUUUGAUGUGUUUGAUAGAGCAGGGGGAAUAAACAAAGCAUAUCAUGUGGAUUUUCUUGAACCAAUAUCAUCCAAAAUCAACACCCUUUGGAUUCAAUUAGGCCCUGAUACAGCUGCAGGUGCUGCAGGAACAGAUGCUCUCUUGAAUGGGCUGGAAAUCUUUAAGCUGAGUCAAAAUGGGAAUCUUGCGUACAUUGACAGGUUUAAUGCCUUAGAGGAAUCAAUGGGAAAUUCGAAAUCUCUAACUCUUUGGAUAGGCGUUGGAGCAGGUUUAGCCUCUGUUGUUUUCCUUGCUGUUAUUACCAUUCUCAUCAUCUAUUUCUGCAGAUUCCGGAGAGAGGAUUUUACUAAGAAGAGCUGUUCUAGGUGGAGAGCAGGAUCCAGCCGUGGGGCCACUGUCUCCAACACUUAUGCCAGAGGAUCCUUGGGGGGAGGCAGUGUAUUUGGGUCCAUGCCAACCAUCAGAGUUGGUAAAUGGUUUACAUUAGCUGAAAUUCUUGCAGCGACCGAUAAAUUUGAUGAAGCUCUGCUGAUUGGAGUUGGGGGUUUUGGUAAGGUCUACAGAGGGGAGAUUGAUGAUGGUACUCUUGUGGCUAUCAAGAGAGCCAACCCACAGUCACAGCAGGGACUUACCGAGUUCGAGACUGAAAUCGAAAUGCUUUCUAAACUUAGGCAUAGGCAUUUGGUCUCGAUGAUUGGGUUUUGCGAUGAGCAGAAGGAAAUGAUCUUGGUUUAUGAGUACAUGGGGAAUGGAACCUUAAGAAGCCAUCUCUUUGGGAGUGAUUUCCCACCUUUGACAUGGAAGCAGCGAUUGGAAGUGUGCAUUGGAGCAGCCAGGGGACUCCAUUACCUUCACACAGGAGCUGAGAGAGGAAUAAUCCACAGAGAUGUGAAGACAACCAACAUACUCUUGGAUGAGAACUUUGUGGCAAAAAUGUCCGACUUUGGUCUUUCAAAAACAGGGCCUGCUUUGGAUCAUACCCAUGUUAGUACUGCAGUAAAGGGCAGCUUUGGGUACCUGGAUCCGGAGUAUUUUAGGCGGCAGCAGCUGAGUGAAAAAUCUGAUGUCUAUUCUUUUGGUGUGGUAUUGUUAGAAGUUGUUUGUGCUCGAGCUGUUAUAAACCCAACCUUGCCUAAGGAUCAGAUAAAUCUUGCGGAAUGGGCAAUGAAAUGGCAACGCAAGAAGUUGCUGCACACCAUCAUCGAUCCACGUCUCAACGACAAAUAUUGCCCCGAGUCUCUGAAAACAUUUGGCGAGAUAGCAGAAAAAUGCCUUGCUGAUGAAGGGAAGAUUCGUCCAACAAUGGGGGAAGUUUUAUGGCACCUAGAAUAUGCUUUGCAACUCCAUGAUGCUUGGAUCCGCACCAAUGAAGCAGAAAGUUCUUGCAGGGUAGAGUCGGAAGGAGCGCAGGGUGACGAACAGAUCGGCGAGAGCUCCAACUUGAAAGCUUCAACCCCAACUGAUCGGUUAUGCUAGUAGAUUUGCUUACAUUACAAGUAAGGCCAACUGCCCAUAUUCAAUUAAAUAUAUUUAUUUAUUUUUCAUAUUCUUUUGAAGUUGUCUUCCAUUAUUAUAGCAUUAUGAAUCUUAGAUUUUCCUGUUGCCUUUUAGCUCUUUACUGAUGGCUGCGUUAUUGUGUUGCUCAAAAUGUAAUUGAUUAUACAUGCAUGUUAGGCUUCUCUGCUUGCAGCUCUUUAUAAACAUCUUUCAGAUUCUGCUCAGUUUCCUCCAAAUA